AUGCUGGAGGCAAAGAAGCUUACUUCUGAGGAGAAAGAAAUCUUUCAACAAGUGGUGGAACUCGGGAACAAAUUGAACGCGAUGGUGGGCAAGACUCAUGAGAUCAAGCGUUCAUGUCAUAAACUUGAGAACGAAAACCAAUAUCUACAAGAUUAUGUCGGCAAUUUGAUGAGUACUGAUAUCCUUUCAAAGAAAUAA